CCCAGGAUUCCUCCUCCCCUGAACCCAGGAUCCCAAUAACAACCAGUUGCAAAUGUCUGAUUUAACAAAUGCUGUACAAAAUCCUUAUCCAACAUGGAACACCAAAUGUCUUCCUGCAUUUUAAUUUUCCAAUUUUGUCUCUUCCUCCUAACACCACACUCCCAAACCUCACUAUUCCCAAGAUACAACCCUUCCUGUUGUGCGAGGUCUACCCUUCAACAUGUUUUUGACCCACCGCAUUUCUUGCACUUUUCCUUGUAUGCUUCCCUUAUUGACAGAUUCCCUAACCAUCAGCCUUUCGGAGAAGGCAUAGUUCAGUGAGAACUUACCUUUGAAGGAGAUUCUUCAGGUAAAUUGUCUCAGCAGGACUGAUGAACUAAAAUUUUAGAGUAGAGAAUACUGGGAAGAUAUAUUUGUGAGCCAAAAGCAACCAUACUUCAGUGGUAGAUAAAUGAACUGGGUUAGGCCCCCAGCAUCUCCAGAAAGAAGAGAGGAUAAUAGUGUCCCUUGCAGGAAGUUUUGUGAGAUCACUCAAUUCUAAGAUGUGUAAACAAGUAAUUUGUAUAGAAUGCAGCACCUAAAAUCUUUCUGCCUAGUUGCUAUCCUUUGCUAACUUCUGUACUCAAGAAAUUCUGGGGACUACAGUCUUGUGUACAGUAUAUUAAAAUUUCUAUGUCACAAAGCAUUCGGAGUUUGCAAAUCCUGAAAGUUCUCAUCAAGAAGUUGAUAAAAACUAUUAUUAGAGUGACUAAUUCAGUGGGGAAAAGUUAUUGGAAUGUUGGUCUGUGACAUCCAGGGCUUCCUAAUGUUUCCUUGAGCAACUUCCUUGAGUUUUGUUGGAAAUUAUUGCUUUAAAUUUAUACUAAAUUUAUAUAUGUGAUUGUGAAGAGCUCCAAAGUUCUUCAGAUCCCAAAACUUCAUAGUUGGAGAAUAAUCAGAGUGAUCAAAUGUCAUCAGGGAACCUUGGAAUUAUAUCUAAGUAUAAACAGAAAGCCUGAUAAGUCCUAAGCAGAACUACAGUUCCCAAGACUUAUUAUCUGAGGCCUCUAAAAGAUACUAGAAAGCCUAGAUGGGAUGCUUCACAAGUCACAAGGCAAAGUACAGGAAUUGUAGUUUUAUAGAAAAAACAUAUUAAAAAAAAUUAAAUUAGUUUCAAGUAGGUUUUAACUUAAAAGUUUAGGAAACCUUGAAAGCUAAGUUCUGGUAUGAUAUAAAUCGCCAUCACCUACAGGUUUGAUUCCCUUCACCCCUGCACCUAUGCUUGCCUGUCUCUUACUAACUUCCUGCUUGCAACCUCUGGGUUUUAUUGUCCUUCCUUUGUCUGUCUUCUGCCUGGGCUUCUGCUCCUUCUCUUUGAUAAUGCAGCUUCUUUUGUGUCUUUUGCAAUAGAGGGAGGGGGGAUGCUGAAGCCAGUGUCUUAUUUACAAGUACCAAACUUUGGCGUGUAGGUUGGAAUAGCACUUUGAACAGCCAAUGGAUUAUAGAUAGAUUUACAUAUUAUAGAUAUACUUUUGACAUGAAGAAAUAUAUUAUGGCAUAAUAGGCAUUAUUUAUUAUCCUCUGGGAAUUUGAUAAGUUUGUAGGAAUUGUUUUGCCACCAAGUCACUAAGGGGCACAGUAAAAGAGUGCUGAUGUUGGUGAGUGGAAAAGGUGGAGUAGGAUUAAGUGGGAAUAUGGACAUGAAGUCUAAAACCAAGUUAAAACCUUAUAGGGUUCUCCUCAACAUGAUGACCUUCAAAUGUGUUGAAACUUCUGAAGUCUCACCACAUCUGGAGAAGCCAAGAUUGGAGAAAGUGGAUUUUAAUAGAUAUUAGAAUGGAAUGGAAACUUGUGGAUUUAAGGCUUUUUUUGAAUUCCAAGUCACACCAUUUCAAUGGACUCCAUUGGCUGAAGCCGAUGAGAGGUAAACCAUUAGGAAUUCUCUAGACACACGAACCAGAACUACUGGCCCCCUAUCUCUGAAAUAGGAAAAGAAUUAGGAGUCUCCCAAAUCUUUAAAGGAUCUUGUGCCAUUUUGCUUAUCAUAGGGAAGGUCUGGAAGAAAGAAAGUCUAAUUUUUGUUUUGCAUCAUAUUAACUUCUUUCCUCUCUUCUUGUGCUUUUUCAUCCUCCAAUACUUUACAGGCUAUGUCCUUAGUUCAGUCCAGGAAAGCUGGUAUUACAUCAGCACUUGCAUCAAGCACUUUAAACAAUGAAGAGCUAAAAAACCAUGUUUACAAGAAGACCCUCCAAGCCUUAAUCUAUCCCAUCUCUUGCACAACCCCCCAUAAUUUUGAGGUGUGGACUGCCACUACUCCCACCUAUUGUUACGAGUGUGAGGGCCUGCUCUGGGGCAUUGCACGCCAAGGAAUGCGGUGUACUGAGUGUGGAGUGAAAUGCCAUGAAAAGUGCCAAGACCUGCUCAAUGCCGACUGCUUGCAAAGGGCAGCAGAGAAGAGUUCUAAACAUGGGGCAGAAGAUCGCACGCAGAAUAUUAUUAUGGUGCUGAAAGACCGUAUGAAAAUCCGGGAGCGGAAUAAACCAGAAAUCUUCGAGUUAAUCCAGGAGAUCUUUGCGGUGUCCAAGACCACCCACACCCAGCAGAUGAAGGCAGUCAAGCAGAGCGUUCUGGAUGGCACUUCAAAAUGGUCGGCCAAGAUCAGCAUCACAGUUGUUUGUGCACAAGGCCUGCAGGCGAAGGAUAAAACGGGCUCCAGUGACCCCUAUGUAACCGUCCAGGUUGGAAAGACCAAAAAGAGAACAAAAACCAUUUAUGGAAAUUUGAACCCCGUCUGGGAGGAAAACUUCCACUUUGAGUGUCAUAACUCCUCCGAUCGAAUUAAGGUUCGGGUAUGGGAUGAAGACGAUGACAUCAAGUCUAGGGUAAAACAACGCUUCAAGAGGGAAUCUGAUGACUUCCUGGGUCAGACAAUCAUUGAAGUGCGGACACUGAGUGGAGAAAUGGAUGUCUGGUACAAUCUGGACAAGCGAACAGAUAAGUCAGCUGUAUCCGGAGCUAUCCGAUUGCACAUUAGUGUGGAGAUCAAAGGAGAGGAGAAAGUGGCACCUUAUCAUGUGCAGUACACCUGCCUUCAUGAAAACCUAUUCCAUUUUGUGACGGAUAUCCAAAACAACGGUGUCGUCAAAAUCCCAGAUGCAAAAGGGGACGAUGCUUGGAAAGUAUAUUUUGACGAAACUGCCCAGGAGAUUGUGGAUGAGUUUGCUAUGAGAUACGGAGUAGAGUCCAUCUAUCAGGCUAUGACGCACUUUGCCUGCCUUUCCUCAAAAUACAUGUGCCCAGGGGUGCCUGCUGUAAUGAGUACUUUAUUGGCCAACAUUAAUGCUUAUUAUGCACAUACCACUGCCUCCACCAAUGUCUCUGCCUCUGACCGUUUUGCCGCUUCCAAUUUCGGGAAAGAACGGUUUGUCAAACUGCUGGACCAGCUGCACAAUUCCCUGAGGAUCGAUCUCUCAAUGUAUAGGAAUAAUUUCCCUGCCAGCAGUCCUGAAAGACUGCAGGACCUUAAAUCAACAGUGGACCUCUUGACCAGCAUCACAUUCUUUCGGAUGAAGGUCCAAGAGCUCCAGAGUCCACCACGAGCCAGUCAGGUGGUGAAGGAUUGUGUGAAGGCCUGCCUCAACUCAACUUAUGAAUACAUCUUCAAUAACUGCCAUGAACUCUAUAGUCGUGAAUACCAAACUGAUCCUAGCAAAAAGAGUGAAGUGCCACCAGAGGAACAGGGUCCCAGCAUCAAGAAUCUAGACUUUUGGUCCAAACUUAUAACCUUGAUAGUAUCAAUCAUUGAGGAAGAUAAGAACUCAUACACACCCUGCCUCAACCAAUUCCCUCAAGAGCUGAACGUUGGAAAGAUCAGUGCAGAAGUUAUGUGGAAUCUUUUCGCUCAGGACAUGAAGUAUGCAAUGGAAGAGCAUGACAAACAUCGGCUAUGCAAGAGUGCUGACUAUAUGAACCUGCACUUUAAGGUGAAAUGGUUAUACAACGAAUAUGUCACAGAUCUUCCUUCCUUCACCAGCCGGGUUCCUGAAUACCCUGCAUGGUUUGAACCUUUUGUUAUCCAGUGGCUGGAUGAGAAUGAGGAAGUGUCACGAGAUUUCUUGCAUGGAGCAUUAGAACGGGACAAGAAAGAUGGGUUCCAACAAACCUCAGAACAUGCCCUUUUCUCCUGCUCUGUGGUUGAUGUCUUCUCCCAGCUCAACCAAAGCUUUGAGAUUAUCAAGAAGUUGGAGUGCCCUGAUCCACAGAUUGUAGGCCAUUACAUGCGCAGGUUUGCCAAGACCAUUAGCAAUGUCCUGCUGCAGUAUGCGGAGAUCAUCUCUAAAGGCUUUGCUUCCUACUGCUCCAAGGAGAAGGAAAAAGUGCCCUGUAUCCUGAUGAACAACAUACAGCAGUUACGUGUCCAGCUAGAGAAGAUGUUUGAAGCUAUGGGGGGGAAAGAGUUGGACACAGAAGCCAGUGAUAUCCUCAAGGAACUUCAGGUGAAGCUCAACAAUGUCUUGGAUGAACUAAGCCGAGUAUUUGCAACCAGUUUUCAGCCCCAUAUAGAAGACUGUGUGAAGCAGAUGGGAGACAUCCUGAGCCAAGUGAAAGGCACUGGGAAUGUGCCUGCCAGUGCCUGCAGCAGCGUGGCUCAAGAUGCUGACAACGUCUUGCAGCCUAUUAUGGACCUCCUAGAUAGCAACUUGACUCUCUUUGCCAAAAUUUGCGAGAAGACUGUCCUGAAACGAGUGCUGAAGGAACUCUGGAAGCUUGUCAUGAAUACAAUGGAGAAGACAAUUGUACUUCCUCCACUAACUGACCAGACGGGUACACAGAUGAUCUUCAAUGCAGCCAAGGAAUUAGGGCAGCUUUCAAAACUGAAGGAUCACAUGGUACGUGAGGAAGCUAAGAGUUUAACACCCAAACAGUGUGCUGUGGUGGAACUUGCUCUGGAUACCAUCAAGCAAUACUUCCAUGCAGGAGGAGUUGGUCUUAAAAAAACUUUCUUGGAGAAAAGCCCAGAUCUGCAAUCCCUGCGCUACGCCCUCUCACUCUACACACAAGCCACAGACUUGCUCAUCAAAACCUUCGUCCAGACCCAAUCCACUCAGGGCUCUGGAGUAGAUGACCCUGUGGGAGAAGUCUCUGUCCAUGUUGAGUUUUUCACCCAUCCUGGAACCAGCGAACACAAAGUAACAGUCAAAGUGGUAGCUGCCAAUGAUCUCAAGUGGCAAACAUCGGGAAUCUUCCGGCCUUUCAUUGAAGUCAACAUCAUUGGGCCACAUCUCAGUGACAAAAAAAGGAAAUUUGCUACCAAGUCCAAGAACAACAGCUGGUCCCCCAAAUACAAUGAGAGCAUCCAGUUCACCCUCGGCACUGAGACAGGCCCAGAGUGCUACGAGCUGCAAGUCUGCGUCAAAGACUACUGCUUUGCACGGGAAGACCGGACAGUGGGCAUCGCCAUCCUGCAGCUGAAGGACAUCGUGCAGCGGGGCAGCUGUGCUUGCUGGCUGCCGCUGGGCCGGCGCAUUCACAUGGAUGACACGGGCCUAACGGUGCUGCGCAUCCUCUCGCAGAGAAACAAUGACGAGGUGGCCAAGGAGUUUGUCAAAUUGAAGUCGGAUACGCGCUCAGCUGAGGAGGGCAGCAGCAGCUAAGACCAAUCUGCCUCCCCCUGACUUCCCCCUCCCCCUUGUUCCCUUCCACAGUCUGCUAGAAUUGCCUUCCCUUCUCUUCUCUUCCUGGUCCCUUCCCUCUUUUAUACAGCCAUGUCAAAGCCAUAGAGUUUUCAGAGCUGUCCUUUCUGCCCCUCACCCUGGCCCUUCCUGCUCCUCACUCUUUUAUUUGGGAGGUUUGCUUCCGCUGCCAAGGAUCACAAGUCACGCAUACCUUCUCAAAUACAUGUGCAUUGCCAAAUUCCCCCAUUAAGCAGAGAGAGGUGAGAGAGCAAAGAGUUUGUUCCUGGAAAGGAUCCUAAAAAAAAAUCAAAGAUGCUGCUGACUGCAUUUCAUCGUAAGCUCCCACCAUCCCCUCUUUCCUGGCACAUUUUUGCCCAAGAAGCAUCAGAAACUGCCUUCCAUUUAAUCAGGGUAUUUGUCAACCAACCCAGUAUUUCCAGCAUGAAUUGGCAGCUGCUCUCUAAGGCAGAUGUUUUUCAACCUUAGUAACAGUAAGAUGACUGGACUUCAACUCCCAGAAUUCCCCAGCCAGCAUGCUUGGCUGGGGAAUUCUGGGAGUUGAAGUUGACCCCUCAUAAGUUGCCAAGGUUGAGAAACAUUGCUCUGAGGUCUUCGUCAUAGAAGAGUAUUUCCCACUAAAUGCUGCCUAAUUUGUGAACUGAAAAUCCUGGGGAUUGAACUAGCAGCCAACUGUAAAUAAAAUAAAAAUCCCUGUGCCAAGUGGAAAUAAGGAUAAGUUACAAAAUAUAUAAUACUGGGAAAGGUAGCUUUCUUUGUCUUCACCCUUUUUCAACAGGGCUAAAGAAAUAUCAUCAGAAUCUUCCCUGCAAUUCUAGCACCAAGUUGCAUCAAGAUUAGCAGUGCCCCAAAGGCUGAUCUGAAGUUCACCCAAACUAUUCACAAUUAUCAGCUCACCGAGGCAAGGCUAGAGAAUGGCAGCUAGGGAUCUUGGGAUCAGCAUGAAACUCUUUUAUUGCUGUGGCCUUCAUGGAAGCCCAGCAAUCAGAUAAUGUUAGGAAUGUAGUCCAUCAACUGAAGGGCUAUGGCUUCCUUUUUUCUGUUCUAUUAUUUUAGGACAUUUUUUUCUCAUUUUAUUUUCCUUUAAGAAGUUCCUUUCCAUUACGAAGUUCUAGAUUUAAUUCCAGAAGUGAAGCAUGCAUUUUGCUACAGUCUUACAGUUCCAUUGCGUCAUUUUUUCUUGUCUCACGCACAAAUACAAAAACUUGAGUUACUGUUUGUAUAUGCAAUGUAUAUGCAUUGAAACUCUACUCCACCCUCAAAUCUUGACUGCAUCACAAAUACUGGGUGAGGUUUUAUCGAUGUUCAUGAACAUCGUCUCUGAGCAUUGGUCAAACACCACACUGCACUCUUGCUACCAUCAUGAUUAUUUCAUGAUUGACUUCUUUUUGUGGUGUUUGUUUACACAUGAACAUACAAAAGUAAUGCACGGGAGAACAGUGGACAGUUAAAAGUCUGAAAAUUGUGAUAAGAAUGUUAAGAAUCAUAGAAAUACAAAAGUGGACAGUUAUAAAUGCCUAAGUUUAUUUCCAUAUGGAAAUAAAACCAGGUAUUUCAGAAUGGUAGGGUACGUGGAAAAAUUCAGCCAAGGAGAAUUUGUAGGCAACUUUUCUGCAAACUUGGUAACAACAGCUUGGUGCAUGUGUGCUGACUCAAGCAAUCUUAUUUUACUCAAGGAAAGGAGCAUUCGAUCAAUGGGAUUGGCCCUGGCUCCUUUUCCACUGUGUCGUAAUUACUGGCUCUAUUCACAUAACACACCUAAUCUAAUCUGGUUUCUCCUUGUGAAUGUAGAGGGAAUGAGGGAGAGAUAUGUGAAUGUGGAGUGUCUGUGCAGUAUUUAUUUCACUACCAGUAAGAAGAUAAUACUCAAGUAGGGCCUUGUAGAUGUGGGAUUACACUGUAUGUAGUUUUGGAAAGAAUUCAAGGUUCGAGAGAUUCCAGGAGAGGGACAAAGGCAGAACAUUAAAGGGAGGAGAUAUUUGGGGGGGAAAGCAUGAGGUCCAAAGGAACAACGUUCCGUAAGAGAGCAGUUGUUUAUGGAAUUGCUGAGGAUGGCCCAACUUUUGGAAAAGUUAACUGAUCAUCAUGACUGUCCUAAAUCUCCUGAUUGAUGUCACAUCUGCAGAGGACUCCCCUUCUGAAAGCUGCAUCAAUUCUAACAGCUUGGCCAAUUCUGUCCAUAUGCUUCCUUGGCUCUACAGAUACAUGGAUUGAAUUGAUCAACCAGCCCAUCAGCUACUGUCAUUUGCCAGUUCCUUGCUUAACUGGCCUCCCCCCCACUUCCAGUUUGCUCCUCUGCCACUGAAAUACAGCUCGUUAUUCUCCUUCCUUGUUUGAUACCUGACAUGGAAUCAACUCUCACUGGUUGGGCAGCUCUAAACCAGUUAGAUCAACCUGAUAACUAUCUUGGCUUCCUAGAAAGGUGCCUUACAUCAGGCAGAUUAUUUUUUCAUUCUGAUCUUAAUUAUUUGCACCUGAUUGGCAGCUCAUCCCCCCCCCACACACACAAUAGGAUCCUGUUAAAAGCAGGCAUUCAGAAUGGCAACUGGGAUCUUCUGCAUAUAGCACAGGUAUUCCACCUAUGAUCUUGGUCUCCCCGACAUCUGGAAAUUGAAAGAUUUCCAAGGCAUCUUUGGAUGUGUAGUGGGCUGUCAUUGCUACAUUAGAGAACAUUCAAGAAUGCCCUGAAAUAAAGACAGUGAUGUCUACCUAAACCUAGAGGAAAGAUACAUCCCCUCUCUGGAAACCACAGUCACCUCUUCCAAACACUGCACAAACCUACUUCCAAGCUUAACUCCUCCCUCUAUUAGUCAGAACUCUCUUUUUCCUCCCCCAUUUGUCCCUCCUCUUUUUCAAAAAAUGUUUAAUUUUUUAUGAAUUGCUUGGGACCAAAGUAUCAGGAUUUUGAGUUGAAUGUUUACACACACAGACAUAUGCACAAUCCACCAGACUUCUAUAAAUUGCAUUUGAAAAAAAAUAAAAGGGGGGAAAAAGCUUAGGCAACAGUUGCAUCCAGGCAAACAGCUAUUGUGGCUAGCAAAUCAAAACGUGUGGCAAGGUGAUUUCAUCUCUUCCCUUCUUAACAGAGUUUUUUCUGGGGCAAGAUGGCACCAACAGCAGGAAAAUGUGUAGGUUACAAAUGAAAGUUGUCUGGAUCUUCUGCAAAAUUCUGUGAACAAGGCAGGACAAUCGCACAAUAAAAGCCUUGUCUUGAAAUCCUCUUAAGACUGCAGGGGAGGUAAAGCAAAAAUUUCCAUUUCUGUCUCCAGCACACUUCGGCACAAACCAAUCUGACACUGUCCCUAUCCUGCACAGUGAGAUGACAAGAAGCCAAGGGUAGGCAUCUCCCUCCAUCUUCCCCCCAAACUGGUUCCUCCUUCAAUUGUUCUUCUUUGGCAUGUGGUUGAAACGAACAACAAAAUGGAUCAGAAUAAACUUUAAAACCCCAAACAAUAAAAUGAAGUUAAUUCUAUUUGUGUAGCACACAUGUUGGAAUAUGUUUUCAUGUUGUCUGUUCUGUACAUACAUACCUGAAGUGGAUUGAGCAAUGGUUUUACCAACAAUGGAUGCAUGAUAGUGAGAUGUUUUGCACUAUUUUGAAAUUUUGGGGCUCUAUACAAAUAUUUUAUUAACUGACAUUAAAAAAUCAAAAACAAA